AUGCCGGGUGAAGCCUCUGAUACCGGGAGUAACACCACGACCGCCACCAUCAAUAGUCUUUCCAUGGGAAGGCUCAAUGGCAAGAAUGCUAUAGUCACGGGAGCAGCCGGGGGUAUUGGUCUUGAAACAUGCAUUCUUUUCGCCAAAGAAGGCGCCAAAGUUCUCAUGGCUGAUAUAUCCGGCCCUGCCCUCGAUAACGCCGCCGCCAAACUAAAGAAGCUUGUCCCGUCCGUCAUCAAGGUUGAAACCCGGAUUGCCGAUGUCUCAAAAGAAGCCGAUAUCAAGGCCUUGGUCGAUAAUUUAGAUGCUUGGGGAGGGGUAGAUAUCAUGUUUAACAACGCCGGCAUCAUGCACGCUGAUGAUGCCGAUGCCAUCGACACCCCUGAGAAAAUUUGGGAUCUCACCCACGAUAUCAACGUCAAAGGAGUCUGGUUCGGCUCUAAGCAUGCCAUCCUAUCCAUGCGGAAGCACAAGAAAGCUAAAGGCUCGAUCAUCAAUACUGCGUCUGUCGUCGCAUUAGUCGGUUCAGCAACCCCUCAACUAGCCUACACCGCGAGCAAAGGCGCCGUCCUAGCAAUGACGAGAGAGCUGGCAAUUGUCCACGCUAGAGAAGGCUUCCGCUUCAACGCACUCUGCCCAGCACCUCUCAACACGCCACUAUUGCAAGACUGGCUAGGUGACGACCAGCCUAAGAGACACAGACGCGAAAUCCAUUUCCCAUCUGGCAGGUUUGGUGAGGCUAUCGAGCAAGCCCAGGCAGUGCUAUUCUUAGCGAGUGACGAGUCGAGCUUUAUCAAUGGCCAAGACUUUGUUGUUGACGGUGGUAUGACCAAAGCGUAUGUCACACCCGAAGGGCCGCCACUUGCAGCACCGAAGAACAACGCCUUCCUCUCGGAGCAGGUGGAUGCUAUUCGGGGCACAGGUCUCCCGAGUGUGUCAUGA